AUGACUUCAAUCAAAGUUAAUGUUAAAUGGAAUAAAGAAGUAUUGAAAGAUGUUGAAGUCGAUACAUCAUUACCACCGGCUGUUCUUAAAGCUCAAUUAUUUUCAUUGACAAAUGUUCCUAUUGAACGACAAAAAAUUAUGAUUAAAGGACAAACAAUUGGUGAUGAUACAUGGGGAAAAGUUAAUUUAACAAAUGGUCUAACACUUUUAAUGAUGGGUUCAGCUGAUCCAGUACCUGAAUUACCAACGGAAAAAGUCACAUUUUUAGAAGAUAUGACCGAAGCACAACUUGCUCAACAUUUACAAUAUCCGGGUGGUCUUAAAAAUCUUGGUAAUACUUGUUAUAUGAAUGCUACAUUACAAUGUCUCAAAAGUGUACCUGAAUUACGUGAUGCUAUUAAACAAUAUCAUCCAACACAUCGUGGACAAGGUGCUAUGAUGAUUGAUGGAACACAAAUGAUAGCAAAUGCCUUAAAAACAACAUAUCAACAAUUAGAUGUAACAAGUGAACCAUAUAUGCCAUUAACAUUACUUGCAUCCAUUCAUCGUGAAUUUCCACGUUUUGCUGAAAAAGACGAUCAUGGUCAUAUGAUGCAACAAGAUGCAAAUGAAUUUUGGGUACAACUUAUGCAAAUACUUCAAAUGAAUAUACCCGGAAAAAAAUUAACUGAUGAAACAACAACAACAACAGCAUCAAGUGCUACUAAUGACAAAAGUCUUAUUGAUCAAUAUUUUGGAAUAAGUGCACGAUCUAUAAUGAAAUGUAAUGAAGCACCUGAAGAACCAACAAAUGCAUCUGACGAACGUUUACUUCAACUUAGUUGUUUUAUUAAUCCAGAUGUCAAGUACUUAUUGACUGGUUUAAAAAAUAGAUUGGAAGAACAAAUAACAAAACAUUCAACGGUACUUAAUCGUGACGCUGUUUUCACUAAAACUACUCAUCUUUCACGUUUACCUGCUUAUUUAACAAUUCAAUUUGUACGAUUUUUUUAUAAAGAAAAAGAAAAAGUUAACGCAAAAAUUCUUAAAGAUGUUCAAUAUUCAAUGAUACUCGAUGUAUUUGAUUUAUGUACACCAGAUUUACAAAAACGUCUUAUGCCAGCAAGAGAACAAAUAAAAAAAGCUGAAGAUGCAAAACUUGAUCGUGAACGAGCUAAAGUAUUUAUUUGGCGCAUGAGUUGCCUAAUUUGA